AUGGAUCCAAACAGACCACCUGGGGCCGCGCGGAUGCCCUGGCUCCAGCCGGCCGGAGGUCGCGGUUUUCCUGCGGAUCAGCCUCCUGUGGGUCGAGCCCGAGGUUUGGCCGUGGCUGCGGAAGAGCUGGAUGCUGGGAGAGGUCGAGGUAGAGCUUCUGCUGCGGCUCCUGAAACCCCAGCGUCACCGUUCGGGAGAGGGGUUCAGCUUCCAGUCACUGAGACUCAGUGUUCCAUACGCUUCGGUGUUCCGUACUCGAGUGUUCCGCACGCUUCAGUGUUCCACAUGCUUCAGUGUUCCAUACGCUUCGGUGUUCCGUACGCUUCAGUGUUCGAUACGCUUCGGUGUUCCGUACUUGAGUGUUCCGUACGCUUCCGUGUUCCGUACUCGAGUGUUCCGCACACUUCAGUGUUCCAUACUCUAGUGUUCCGUAUGCUUCAGUGUUCCGCGGAAGAGUCUUUAGUGUUCCGCACGCUUCAGUGUUCCGUACUCGAGUGUUCCGUACUCGAGUGUUCCGCACGCUUCAGUGUUCCGCACGCUUCAGUGUUCCGCACGCUUCAGUGUUCCAUACGCUUCGGUGUUCCUUACUUGAGUGUUCCGCACGCUUCAGUGUUCUGUACGCUUCAGUGUUCCGUACUCGAGUGUUCCGCACGCUUCAGUGUUCCAUACUCUAGUGUUCCGUAUGCUUCAGUGUUCCGCGGAACAGUCUUUAGUGUUCCGCACGCUUCAGUGUUCCAUACUCUAGUGUUCCAUAUGCUUCAGUGUUCUGCGGAACAGUCUUCAGUGUUCCGUACGCUUCAGUGUUCCGCACGCUUCAGUGUUCCAUACGCUUCGGUGUUCCGUACUUCAGUGUUCCGCACGCUUCAGUGUUCCGCACGCUUCAGUGUUCCGUACUCGAGUGUUCCGCACGCUUCAGUGUUCCAUACUCUAGUGUUCCGUAUGCUUCAGUGUUCCGCGGAACAGUCUUUAGUGUUCCGCACGCUUCAGUGUUCCGUACUCGAGUGUUCCGCACGCUUCAGUGUUCCACACGCUUCAGUGUUCCGCACGCUUCAGUGUUCCGCACUCGAGUGUUCCGCACGCUUCAGUGUUCCAUACUCUAGUGUUCCGUAUGCUUCAGUGUUCCGCGGAACAGUCUUUAGUGUUCCGCACGCUUCAGUGUUCCGUACUCGAGUGUUCCGCACGCUUCAGUGUUCCGCACGCUUCGGUGUUCCGUAUGCUUCAGUGUUCCGCACGCUUCAGUGUUCCAUACGCUUCGGUGUUCCGUACUUCAGUGUUCCGCACGCUUCAGUGUUCCAUACGCUUCGGUGUUCCUCCCAGCCUCAGGUGGGCUUCGCGAGGGGGAUGCCGGCGCCGGUGGAAGAACAGAGGCUGGGAAGAGCGAGAGGGUUUCUGCUGUCUUCUCUUCUGCCUCAGGUUGGAAUAGGCAGAGGGAUGUCUCUGUUUGUGGAGCCUCCUGCAGAGCCUGCACCUCCCGUUAAGAGUGAAACGGAGCCAUUACCUGUACCUGAGGCCACGCCCGGUCUACAGGAAGAGAAGAAGGAAGAAACCCCGCUGCCAGUUCAGGCUGAUGUCCCCGGUCCAGGAUCGUCAUUGGUGUCCAUGAUGAGAGGAAUGGGCAUUGAACCGGCCACAACAUGGGGCAGAGGAGCAGUUUCUGUUGGACGCGGGUCAGUAGGUGAAUUUGCGCCCCCUGUGCCCGGUGUUGGGUCUCCAUCAAUAGGUGGAGAAGAAACUGCCCCCGAGGGUGUGAUGCUGCGUGGCACCAGUUUUGUGGGCCGUGGACUGAUUGGUGUUGGACGAGCUGCGAUGCCUCCUGUUGGUUUCGGUAGAGGUCCGACAGUCUCACCUGCGCUUCCUCCUGGACCUGACGCCCCCUCCGCUAUCCCAGUCACCCCUAAAGAUGCAUCUCCCGUCUCUGUGGACGUCUCGGUGACCCCAGGGAGCUGCCAGGCUAAAGCAGAGCUGAAGAUGGAAGCUGCACGUGAACCGCUGAGGAAGGCGGGAACGAAGGGGAACCCCGUCAUCAUCGGCUCCAACUACAUCCCGAUCCACUGCAAAAACGAAGCCGUGUUCCAGUAUCACGUCACUUUCACUCCGAAUGUGGAGUCGCUCAGCAUGCGGUUUGGUAUGAUGAGGGACCAUCGCUCAGCUACAGGAGAAGUGGUGGCCUUCGACGGCUCCAUCCUUUACCUGCCAAAACGACUCGAUGAGGUUGUUCACCUGAAAUCAGAGAGGAAGACGGAUAAUCAGGAAAUCGACAUAAAAAUCCAGAUGACCAAAAUUCUGCCCCCACACUCUGACCUCUGUAUUCCCUUCUACAAUGUGGUCCUGCGGAGAGUGAUGAGGAUUUUGGGGCUGAAGCUGGUGGGAAGGAAUCAUUAUGAUCCAAACAGUGCUGUUGUUCUUGGAAAGCACAGGCUGCAGGUGUGGCCAGGCUACGCCACCUGUAUUAAACACACAGAUGGUGGACUGUACCUCGGCGUGGACGUGUCGCACAAAGUGCUGCGGAAUGACUCGGUUCUAGACGUCAUGAACGUGAUCUACCAGCAGAGCCGAGAGAGCUUUCAGGACGAGUGCACCAAGGAGUUCACCGGCGCCAUCGUCAUCACGCGCUACAACAACCGCACCUACCGCGUCGACGACAUCGAGUGGUCCAAAUCCCCCAAAGACACCUUCACCAUGGCAGACGGCUCCAAGAUGACCUUCAUCGACUACUACAGGAAGAACUACGGCAUCACGAUAAAAGAAGUGGACCAGCCCAUGCUGGUCCAUCGCCCGAAGGAAAGGUCCAGACCUGGAGGAAAGCAGGUAAUAACAGGAGAGAUUCUGCUGCUGCCUGAGCUCUCCUUCAUGACCGGCAUCCCUGUGAAAAUGAGAAAGGACUUCAGAGCCAUGAAGGAUCUGACGAUGCACAUUAACGUGAGUGCGGAGCAGCACACGCACUCCAUAAAGCAGCUCCUGCAGAACAUCAGCACCAACCCGGAGGCUCUCCAUGAGCUCUCGCGCUGGGGCCUGGAGAUCAGCCCUGAGAUACUGGUGACCCAGGGCAGGACUCUGCCCAUGGAGACCAUCUGUCUGCAGUCGGCUUCUUUCGUCACGUCCCCGUCCGUGGACUGGUCCCGAGAGGUGGUCAGAGACUCCUCCAUCAGCACUAUCCCUCUGUACUGCUGGGCUGUUUUCUACCCGCGCAGGGCUGCGGAACAGGCCGAGGAGCUGGUGGCCAUGUUCGGGAAAGUGGCGGGACCCUUGGGAAUCAAACUGGACCGGCCAAUCCGCGUGGAGCUCCGUGACGACCGAACGGAGACCUACGUCAAGAGCAUCCACUCCCAGCUAACCAGCGAGCCCAACGUGCAGCUGGUGGUGUGCAUAAUCACGGGAAACAGAGACGACCUGUACAGCGCCAUUAAGAAGCUCUGCUGUGUCCAGAGUCCGUGUCCCUCACAGGCCAUCAACGUCAGGACCAUCUCUCAGCCUCAGAAGCUUCGCAGCAUUGCUCAGAAAAUCCUCCUGCAGAUCAACUGCAAGGUGGGAGGAGAGCUGUGGACCGUCAGUGUUCCCCUGAAACACCUGAUGGUGAUCGGCGUGGACGUCCAUCACGACACCAGCAAGAAGAGCCGAUCUGUGAUGGGAUUCGUGGCGAGUCUGAACAGUCUGCUGACGAGGUGGUACUCCAGAGUCACGUUCCAGAUGCCCAACGAGGAGAUUAUUAACGGCUUCAGAGUGUGUCUGCUGGCCGCCCUGCAGAAGUAUUACGAGGUGAACCACAGCUUCCCAGAGAAGAUCGUGAUCUACCGGGACGGAGUAUCGGACGGUCAGCUGAAAACCGUGGAGCUUUACGAGAUCCCUCAGAUCCUCAAAUGUUUCGAGACGUUUCCGAACUACGAGCCGAAGCUGACCUUCAUCGUGGUGCAGAAGAGAAUCAAUACGACGCUGUACUCAUGCGAAGGAGAUCGAUUCGGAACGCCUCCACCAGGAACGGUGCUCGACCACACAGUCACGAACAGAGACUGGGUGGAUUUCUACCUCAUGGCUCACUCGAUUCGCCAAGGCUGCGGGUUCCCCACCCACUACAUCUCCAUCUACAACACGGCUAACCUCACUCCGGACCACCUGCAGAGGUUGACGUUCAAAAUGUGCCACCUCUACUGGAACUGGCCCGGAACGGUCCGCGUCCCGGCGCCGUGCAAAUACGCCCACAAGCUGGCCUUCCUGUCGGGCCAGUACCUGCAUUCAGAACCCGCCAUCCAGCUCUCGGAAAAACUGUUCUUUCUGUGA